UUGUUACGCCUCUUCGUUCUUAUUUCUCCAUGGUUUGUUAUUUGACGUUUGUGUCUAGAGGUCACCUUGAGACCAAUCAUCAAUUUUUAAAGUUUGUUUUUUCCAAAUAUUGUCAGUCAACAUGACGGAAAAAGCGGGUGCGAAAUUUAUAGAAAGAGGUGCCCAUAAAGGCAAAGGCAUUGCCGUAUUUACAAGUGGUGGUGAUUCGCAGGGAAUGAAUGCAGCAGUAAGGGCAGUUGUUCGUAUGGGAAUAUACCUCGGCUGUAAAGUAUAUUUUAUUAAAGAAGGUUAUCAAGGGAUGGUAGAUGGCGAGGAUAAUAUUGUGGAAGCAAAUUGGUCCUCAGUAAGCUGUAUUAUUCACAAAGGUGGCACUAUUAUUGGUUCAGCUAGAUGUCAGGAUUUCAGAGAACGUCAAGGAAGAUUGAAAGCUGCGCGCAAUCUUGUAGAAAAAGGGAUUACAAAUUUAGUAGUAAUUGGUGGAGAUGGCUCACUGACUGGUGCUGAUUUAUUUCGUCAAGAAUGGUCAUCUCUCUUAGAUGAACUUCUAUCAACUGGAAAAAUUAAUGCUGAUCAAAGAAAAAAAUACACAUCUUUACAAAUUGCUGGAUUAGUGGGAUCUAUUGACAAUGAUUUUUGUGGUACUGAUAUGACCAUUGGCACAGAUAGCGCUUUGCACAGAAUUAUUGAAGCUAUUGAUGCCAUUGUUUCCACUGCUUACUCACAUCAACGGACAUUUAUUAUGGAGGUCAUGGGUCGCCACUGUGGUUAUUUAGCACUGGUGGCUGCUCUAACUAGUGAAGCGGAUUAUGUUUUUAUACCGGAAGAUCCUGCUGAAAUUGAAUGGCCGAAAAAACUUUGUGAAAAAUUAAUGCAGGAACGUAAUGUAGGGCAAAGGUUAAAUAUUAUAAUUAUAGCUGAAGGAGCUAUCGAUCGAAAUGGACAACCUAUUACAGCAGAACAAAUUAAAAAAGUGGUUGUGGACAAUUUACAUCAAGAUACAAGAAUAACGGUAUUAGGUCAUGUACAGAGAGGUGGAAAUCCAUCUGCAUUUGAUAGAAUUUUGGGUUCACGAAUGGGAGCAGAGGCUGUAAUGGCAUUAAUGGAAACUGACGAUAAUAGUGAGGCAUGUGUUAUUUCUCUGGAUGGUAAUCAAGCUGUUCGUUUGCCUUUGAUGGAAUGUGUUAAACGGACUAAAGCAGUAGCCCAGGCAAUGGCAGACAAGCAAUGGGAAAAAGCAGUGGAAUUAAGAGGUAAAUCAUUUAUGCGGAAUUUGGAAACCUAUAAACUUCUAACACGUUUGAAGCCACCUAAAAGUGCUUUUAAUGAACAGGGGCACGGAAAGGGACAGAAGCUAGAAAAGCGUCCUACCUUAUGGUGUUCGGAAGGUUAUACCGUGGGUGUAAUGCACAUUGGAGCACCGGCUUGUGGCAUGAAUGCAGCUGUUCGGUCUUUUGUACGAAAUUGUAUUUACCGAGGAGACACUGUUUUUGGCAUCCAUGACGGAAUUGAAGGACUGAUAGCUGGCAAUAUAAAGCAUAUGGGAUGGUCUGAUGUAACGGGAUGGGUAUCUCAUGGUGGGGCGUAUUUAGGUACUAAACGUACCCUUCCAGGUAAUCGAAUGGGAUUAAUUGCUUCUCGAUUAGAAGAAUUUGGUAUACAAGCAUUGUUAAUCAUUGGUGGAUUUGAGGCCUUCCAAGCUGGACUACAAUUUACAGAACAUCGGGACGAACAUCACGCUUUUCGUAUUCCUAUAAUGGUAAUUCCUAGUACCAUUUCGAAUAAUGUACCAGGAACUGAAUUUUCACUCGGAUGUGACACUGCACUAAAUGAAAUUACGGAAAUAUGCGAUAGGAUCAGACAGUCGGCUCAGGGAACCAAAAGAAGAGUUUUUGUUAUUGAAACCAUGGGAGGAUAUUGUGGGUAUCUUGCCACUUUAGCUGGAUUAGCGGGAGGUGCCGAUGCCGCCUAUAUUUAUGAAGAAAAAUUCACAAUUAAGGACCUACAACAAGAUGUUUACCACAUGGCAACGAAAAUGUCAGAAGGAGUUCAACGUGGCUUAAUUUUAAGAAAUGAAAAAGCUUCUGAAAAUUAUAAUACGGAGUUUAUAUACCGGCUGUAUUCUGAAGAAGGAAAAGGAUUGUUCAGUGCUAGAAUGAAUGUAUUAGGUCACAUGCAGCAAGGGGGGUGUCCUACACCUUUUGAUCGAAACUUAGGUACAAAAAUGGCUGCUAAGGCGGUGGAUUGGAUGGUAUGCCAGCUUAAAAAUAACUCAGAUCACGAAGGAAAAAUCAGUUGUACAGAUCCCAAUACAGCAUGUCUUCUAGGCAUCGUUAAACGACAAUACAAGUGUACAAGUUUUCAAGCUUUAAAAGAUCAAACCAACUUUGAGCACAGAAUUCCAAAAGAAGAAUGGUGGCUUAAGUUGAGACCUUUACUUCGUAUUUUAUCCAAACAUGAUUCAACAUAUGAAGAGGAAGGCAUGUACAUGUCCAUAGAAGAUAAGUAUACUCAAGAUGCAGUCAUUUAAAGACGAAUUACCGGAAUUUUGUAGUCUUGAAUAAGAGCUUCUUAUUGCUAAAUAAAGUAGAUAGUAUAAGACGAAUAUACAGAGAAACCUUGAAAAUAGAUGUUAAAUUAUAAAGCUUCGUUAUACAAAAUAUUGUCUAGCACUAAUGCUAAGACAUUCAGUCAUCAUAAGACGCCUAUACGUCUUUUUUGUAUUGACAAUUAUAAGUCAAUGCAUUUAAAUAUUAAAAUGUGUGUAUUAUGCAGUGUGAUUUAUUAUUUAUAUAAUCAUAUUAUCAAUAAUAUAAUCGUUCUAAAUCGAAAGGAAAUAUAUACAGGGUGAAUCAACAAUAUUAUUAUACCUCAAACUAUUAGAUUUUGUAAUAUUAAUAAUUUUUAAUUAAUAAUUUUAAAUUAAUUAAUAUACCAAAUGUAGCAAUUGAUCCUGAAUCACCCUGUAUUGUGAUUUCCUUCUGCUCUAGAGUUGUGACUUUUUAGUUGACAUUUUAUCUUUCUAUUUUACAAUUUAAAUAAUGCGUGUUAUUUUAAUGUGUAAUUCGGUUAUUUAUUAUUAGAUAAAUUAACAUUAAUUGUAAUAAUAUACAUAAUAAGUAUUGUACAUUAUAUUUAUGUGUAUUUCAAUUUUUAGAAAUACUAAUAGUACUGAUAGGAAUGAAAAAGUAAUAUAUUUAAAUCAAGAAAUUGUAAUAAAGACAUAAAGUGGAAAUAAAGUGUUUAGUUACAAGAACA